UUAACUGAAUAUACAGAAAAACAAACUUGCAAUUCUACAAAAAUAAGAAAAUAAUACAAAACUUUAUUUCCCUUUGUCACCAGAGAAGAAGGAAAAAAAUGAUGGAUUCUUUGGCUAAAUGCUUCAACGGACUUCAAGAAAAGUACGAGAACGUUCUAGAAGCAAAACCCAUUUACAGGGACGACUUAAACAUAAAGUUGCCUGUGAAUGGCUCAGUGGUUUCAGUAGAGCCCACCAAAAAGUCUCGUUGCUUGCAGAGAUCCAAGAGGAUUGACAAAUCCCUAAGGUUUGAAGAAGAAGAUGAUGAUGAAGACAUGGAAAAGCCUCUGGCUAAGGAAGAAGGUCAAAAGCCACGUAAGGUUGUGAGGUUUCAGUUAGAGAAUAAUAAGAUAUUCGAACCAAAGAAGCCGGUGAAGUUCGAUCUUGAUGACCAAGAACUCGAACCAGAAGAGAAGUCUUUCGAAGAGAAAGAGUGUUCAAAUAAGGCUGAAUGGAAGGAGGAAGUUGUGAGGGUUAAGAUAAAGGUGACGAAGAAGGAAGCUCGAAGGCUAUUAGCUAACUGGAAAAACGACAAUGUUUUGGAUCUCAAGGAUGUGGUGGACCAGAUCGCACACGUUUCGGUCCAUCAGAUUCAAGUCGAUGUGGUUAUGGUUGCUUGUAACAACCAGAGCCGUCUUUUAGCACGUGCAAGUGGAGCGGUCGAACAGGGUCCAAAAUUUUAGAAGGGUCCGUGAAAAGUUUGAGACGGCCCUGGUAACAACGGGCGACAAGGAAAUGGCUGCUGAUUAUCACAGAUGGAAUACUUUUUUGGGAUUUAUUCUAGAUAAUUGAUCAAAAUUUUGUACUUUUAGAGUAUUAUCUACCUAUCUUUCUAUAUAUUUUGAUAAUACAUUUUUUAUAAGAGGUAUAUAUUCGUCAC